GAGUAACGCAGUUUUAUUUUACAACCGUAACUCUGUUUUUACUCAUUACUGCGGAAUUGUAUAUAUAAUUUUCGUCUUCGAGAGAACAAAGAAAGCGCUUAUUAGAAUUUGUUAGGGUUCUUUAGAAAUUUCUCGACGACGAUGUUUUAGAUACGAUAGCUAGUUGCAGGGGAUUUGAUUAUUGGAUUUUAAGCCCUCGGAGAUAUGGAACCCAAACCGACACAUGGUGUUAUGCGUCGUAUCCGUCCACCAUCGUUCACAUACUAUCCAUACGCCACGGGGACAUCCUCUGGGAAAGAGCACAUUAGAGAGGAGCUUGUACGACUAGGAGUUGAGCUUUCAGUCUCUAUUGCUGAAUCCAUGUUCUUGCUCUGUGAUGACAUUCACACCAUGUUGUGGUUCUGCUUUAAGCUGUGGAGAUAUACAUUACCUCCCUCCGAUCCUGUGUCAGAAAGGCUGCUUCGCGUUUUUCACUAUGUCUACUCAAAGGACAUCAAACCCAAGAACACACCGGUUUGUUGUCCUGAUGGUGGCAACUCUGUCCAAUGGGAAUUCGUCAAGACCACUUGGAAGGAUUUUACCGACGGGAUACUUGUUUUGAAUCGCCUUGUUUUGCUUCUCAGGAAGAAAGAUUGCUCUUUCGAUGAUCGGCUCUUAUCUUCCGCUAUUGAAAACUACAAGCAACAAGUGCUUAAGAAGCUAGAGGAAAAAUUGGCGUCCGCAAAAGAUGUUUCAGAGCUGAAUGGUUUUGCCAGGGAGACAGUUGCGUGUAGCAUUUCUUACCUGUGGAAGUCUCUCUUUGACGACGAAGAUGCUGCUGGCGAACCAAGUCCAGAAGUGACGAGGGAUAGGAUUAUUAGCGACCUGUUUCAGCUUAUUUUGGACGAUUCCUGCCAUUGCGAGAUACCGUCACUGCCCGUUACUUCUCCUUACAUUCUAGGGGCAGAAUUUGCAAUGCAGGGGAUUAGAGAGGAAGUUGUGCAACUAGGAGUUGAGCUCUCGCUAUGUGUGGCUGAGUCGAUGUUCUUGUUGAGUGAUGAAAUCCGGAGUGUGUUAAAGUUCUGCUUGAAGUUGUGGAUAAGUGUUAGGGUGUUCCGAAAAACUGGUAGUCCCGUUGGGGAAAUGCUGCUUCGUAUGAUGCAUCAUGUCUACUUAAGAAAUAUCAAACCGAAGAAUGGAGUGUAUCAUAUUGGUUGCAAGUCGGUUCAAUGGGAUUUGAUCAGGACGACUUGGGAGGAUUUUGUUGCUGGAAUCAGAGAUUUGCACAAUCUUUUUAUGAGACUCGAAGUAAAUGGAACCUCGGCAGGUGGACGAGAGUAUACGUCUCGUGUUGAAGAUUUGCUGAAGAAGGUUAAGGAGAAGUUGAGGUGUGCCAAGGAUGUUUCAGAGGCGACUGGGUUUGCGAGGGAAGCUAUGGAGUCUAACAUUUUGGGCUUGUGGAAGUCUCUCUUUAACCAAGAUACCGAGGAAGCAUGGGCUCAAAACGUGAUGAGGCGUGAGAUGCUUAUGGACUUGUUUCAGCCUAUUUUGGAGGAAUCCUGCCAUGGCGAGAUACCGACACUGCCCGUUACUUCUCCUUACAUUCUAGGGGCAGAAUUUGCAAUGCAGGGGAUUAGAGAGGAGGUUGUACAACUAGGAGUUGAGCUCUCAGUCUCUGUAGCUGAAUCCAUGUUCUUGCUCUGUGAUGACAUUCAUACCAUGUUGUGGUUCUGCUUUAAGCUGUGGAAGUAUACAUUACCUCCCUCUUCUCCUGUGUCAGAAAGGCUGCUUCGCGUUGUUCACUAUGUCUACUCAAAGGACAUCAAACCCAAGAACAGGGGAUUUUGUUGUCCGGAUGGUGGCAACUCGGUCCAACGGGAAUUCGUCAAGACCACUUGGAAGGAUUUUACCGACGGGGUCAUUGUUUUGGAUCGUCUUGUUUUGCUUCUCAGGAAGAACGAUUGCUCUUUCGAUGAUCGGCUCUUAUCUUCCGCUGUUGACAAAUACAAGCAACAAGUUCUUAAGAAGCUAGAGGACAAAUUGGCGUCCGCAAAAGAUGUUUCAGAGCUGAAUGGUUUUGCCAGGGAGACUGUUGCGUCUAACAUAUCUGACCUGUGGAAGUCUCUCUUUGACAACGAAGAUGCUGCUGGCGAACCAUGUCCGGAAGUGCCAAGGAAUAGGAUUCUUACCGACCUGUUUCAGCCUAUUUUUGAGGAUUCCUGCCAUGGCGAGAUACUGUCACUGCCCGUUACUUUUCCUUACUUUCUAGGGGCAGAAUUUGCAAUGCAGGGGAUUAGAGAGGAGGCUGUGCAACUAGGAGUUGAGCUCUCGCUAUGUGUGGCUGAGUCGAUGUUCUUGCUGUGUGAUGAAAUCUGGAGUGUGUUACAGUUCUGCUUGAUGUUGUGGAAAAGUGUUGAGAGGUUCCGGAAAACUGGUAGUCCCGUUGGAGAAAGGCUGCUUCGUGUGAUGCAUCAUGUCUACUCAAGAAAUAUCAAACCGAAGAAUGGAGUGUAUCACAGUGGUUACAAGUCGGUCCAUUGGGAUUUGAUCAGGACGACUUGGGAGGAUUUUGUUGCUGGAAUCAGAGAUUUGCACAAUCUUUCUAUGAGACUCGAAGUAAAUGGAACCUCGGCAGAUGGACGAGAGUAUACGUCUCGUGUUGAAGAAUUGCUGAAGAAUGUCAAGGAGAAGUUGAGGUGUGCCAAGGAUGUUUCAGAGGCAAAUGGGUUUGCGAGGGAAGCGAUGGAGUCUAACAUUUUGGGUUUGUGGAAGUCUCUUUUUGACCGAGGUACCGAGGAAGCAUGGGCUCGAAACGCGAUGAGGCAUGAGAUGCUUAUGGACUUGUUUCAGCCUUUUUAUAAAAAAACAGAAGAAGCAAAACAGCAUUAGCCUACUAGCAGGUGUCUUCUUGCUUCUAUGUAUCGUCGUACGUCGGAGUAGAGUUCCCUUCAUUUGUAUGUCUCCAGACUUUGUUCAUUCCUGCCAACUUGUUUUACUUGGUGAAAUCAUAAACUUUGGUUGCCUUGUCAAAUUUAA